AUGGCACACACUGCACUUAACGAUGAAGAAAUUAAGGAAUAUUUUGAUACGCCAGAUGAACUUGAUCAAAAAAUCAAAACUUUAGCAGAUUUCAUUCGAACUGCAAAACAUUUCGUUGUCUACACCGGAGCAGGUAUAUCGACAUCAGCUGGCAUCAAUGAUUUUCGCGGUCCUACAGGUGUUUGGACAGCUCGAGCGAGAGGCUUCGUACCACCAACACCGACUGUCCACAAUCCGGAACCAACACUGACACAUAUGGCUUAUGUCGAGCUGAUGAGAAACGGCUAUCUCAAAUUCUUAGUUUCUCAGAACUGUGAUGGUCUUCACCUUAAGAGUGGAAUACCUACGGACAAAAUUGCUGAACUACACGGAAACUCGAAUUGUGAAGCUUGCGCAAAGUGUGGGAAAGUCUAUUACAGACAAACACGUGUCAAUCAGUAUGAACAUAAAACUUGGCUAACGGGAAACAAGUGUACAGUACCGAAUUGCAAUGGACGUUUACGUUGUACAACCGUUGCCUUUACUCAAUCGAUGCCUGACGUUUGUCUGGAUAAAGCAAUUAAAGAAUCAAAGAUGUGCGAUUUAAGUCUAUGUAUGGGAACGUCAAUGCGAGUUUCGCCUGCAUGUGAACUUCCAUCUAUGAAUUUAAAAUCUGGACGAAAGAAGAUGGUCAUUGUCAGUCCGACAGGCGGUGGUAAAUCCACUUUGCUUGAUAUUCUUGCUGAUCGAAAAGAUCGACGAAACUGUACGGGUGAAGUAUUACUGAAUGGCCAGCAUCGCCCUGCUCAGUCUGUGUUUCGUAAAAUGGUGGGCUAUGUUGUUCAAGAUGACAUUCUCAGUGGAACACUCACUGUACACGAAAAUAUUUUUUUUUCUGCUAAUCUUCGCCUAUCUUACACAAUGACCCAUAAACAACGGCUAGCACGUGUUGAGGAAGUCAUUGAACAAUUGAGUCUACAUUCAUGUGCAAAUACCCGAAUCGGUACAGAAUUUAAACGUGGUGUAUCUGGCGGGGAACGAAAGCGUACUUGCAUCGCUAUGGAAUUGGUCUUGUCUCCAAAAAUUUUGUUUCUUGAUGAGCCAACCACAGGUCUUGAUGCAUCAACAGCAUGUGAUGUGAUGAAAUGCUUGAAAAAUCUUUCAAGAAAUGGAUGUACCAUUGUUUUUUCGAUUCAUCAGCCGCGGCAAUCAAUCUUCGAACUAUUUGAUACUGUCUUGCUACUUUCUAAUGGACGCAUAGUCUAUCUCGGACCAUCAAAUAGCCUGCAUACUUAUUUUAUUGAUCAUGGAUUUCCAUAUCGAGAAUCUAAUAAUCCAGCAGAUUUUGUGCUCGAUUUACUCAUUCAAGAAGCUCGUAAUGAUCGCAUAAAAACUCUAUACGAAGCGUAUCUUAAUUCCUCAAUGCAUAAUUUGAUGAUAAAUCGCUUAAAAGACAUUUCGUAUGAUUCGAAUAAUGCAAGAGUCCAAGAAGAACAACCAUUCCGAAAUAUUGCAUCAGAUCUUUUCUAUGUUUCGCAACGUACUCUACGUAAUGCAAUACGAAAUUCAGCACUAUUGGCAUGGCAAAAUGCAGUCGCUAUUAUUCUUGCAGUACUUACGGGUCUGCUCUAUUAUCAACUACCACAAACAAUAGGUUCAGGAGUACAAAAUCGUCUUGGAGGUCUUUUCUUUGUUAUAGUAAACCAAAUUUUUAGUACUGCCACAGCACUAGAACCAUUUAUCAAAGAACGUGCACUCUUUAUUCAUGUAAGUAUCGGUUAG